AUGAUAACUUCAUAUCCUACAACAACUAGUCCCAUAACCUCCGUGGAUUGCGAAAAACAAGUGCGUUCAUGGAGGUUUCUUCGUUCACUUAUGAAACUUCUUAUUCCUCGAUGCAAUUGCAUCUUCGUUGAAGAAGAAAAUGACGAUAGAAAACACAUACCCUACUUCAAACACAACUCAUCAUCAUUAUCAUCAUCAUCCUCAGCUAUAACUAUUACAGGUACAAUCUUUGGUUCGCGUAAAGGAAAAGUCAACUUUUGUAUCCAGUCAAACCCUAAUUCCACAAACCCUAUUCUUCUUCUUGAACUCGCGGUUUCAACUUCCUCACUUGCUCGUGAAAUGCAAAAGGGAGUAGUGAGAAUCGCGCUUGAGAGUAAAACAAACGAUUACUCUUCUUCUUCUUCUUCUUCUUCUUCUUCUUCUUCUUCCGCAUCUCUUUUGUCUAUGCCAAUAUGGAGGAUGUAUUGUAAUGGAAAGAAAGUAGGGUUUGCAGUUAAAAGAAAACCUACAAAAGUUGAUUUGCAAGUUUUGAGACAAAUGGAGUCAAUUAUUGUUGGAGCUGGAAUUAUUCAUGGGAAAAAAGGAGUUAUAAAAAAAGAUAAUGAUGAUGAUGAUAUAAUGUAUCUAAGAGGAAAAUUUGAAAAAGUUCAUGGAUCUAAUGACUCAGAGUCUUUUCAUUUAGUUGAUCCUGAAGAAAAUAUGGGUCAAGAGCUAAGCAUUUUCUUUCUACGCUCUCUUAAUUAA